UUUCAAAUUUCAGUUCCUCAAGAUUUCACGGCAAAAACCGUUUUUAAAACAUUUUAACUUCAAAUGUCUCUCGAAAACGCGCCGUUGGAAGUGGAAUGUUUGAGGCAAAUAGGCGAAGGAAAUUACGGUUCAGUUUACUUGGUUCGAAUUGAGCCGCUUAAAAAACGAUACGCUAUGAAGGUUCUGAACUCGACCCAGUUGUCUAAGAAGCAGCGGGAAAUGGUGCGCAAAGAGAUAGACAUCAUGUCAAUUCUAAAGCAUCCAAACAUAAUCAGGUACAAGCGUGCAUAUGUGGUGCGUGAAAUAGAGAUCCACAUCAUCAUGGAGUAUGCGGACAUGGGGGACUUGAGCGGUGUGAUCAAGGACAAAGAGAACCACCAACUAUCAUCUGUACAGCUACAUGAUUGGUUCUACCAGAUAGUGUGUGGGUUAGACUACAUCCACAUGCAGAAAGUGGUCCACCGAGACAUCAAACCCUCCAACCUGCUGCUCAAAUCUUCAUGUGGAUGUGUAGCUGGGUGCAACAGGACGAGUGUGAAGAUAGGCGACUUCGGAGUGUCCACUGUUUUGAGGAGGGAGAGCGACUACAAGACUGCGACUUCCAUUGGCACGCCCUACUAUUUGUCACCAGAGAUAUGUCAAGGGAUCGAAUAUGAUUUCAAAUCCGACAUUUGGUCCCUUGGAUGUGUAUUAUACGAAAUGCUCACCGGAAGACCACCCUUCUUGGCGUCCAGUGUCGAGGCACUGGUUCAGAAAAUUUUACAGGCUCAAUAUCCGAACUUAGCUGCGAAUGCCGACCCAGUUCUAGCAAGUUUGAUUCCCAAACUAAUCAACAUGCAGCCCCAAGACAGACCGAGUGCGGCGUUUUUGAAACAGCUCUUCAGUCUGCGAAUGGACAAACGAGGACUUCAUUUCGGGCAUGUGAAUAAACAUUCUGCGCAGCAGAAAGCGAGUAAGGAAGGCGGUGUUAUUAACGUCAAUCAAGGAACGAGGAAGAACCGAAGGUGUUUGAGUGCCGUUGAGAAAAGCACUCCAAAAGUCAAAACUCCGAAAGGUCUCCGAGAAGUUGGAGCUGGCAACGUCUUCAAUUUUAACUUUGACAAUCCAAACCCACCAACAAUCGCAUCAAAUGCGCAAUCACCCAAAACUCCGAAAAACCAAGAACAAUCUCCCAACCACUGCAAAACACCAAUCGAAAUGAGACAGAAAAUAGACGACCUCUUGACGAGACUAGACGAGAAUUUAGGAGCAGAGCUCCUGACCAAAUGCAUUGACAUAUACAGACAGACCAAGUCUAUAGUUGAACUGAAGAAAGUUCUGGGAUCCGAAAACAUCGCACUUGUUUCAACUGUACUCAGACUUGUGUAUUUAGAAGACCAAUGUUUUAAUAUAAUUAAUCAAACAAUUUUUAAUGUUGAAGCGGUCAAUUUUUGA